AUGAGAAUUUUAAAAAGUAACCCAUUAUUGAGAUUAGUCAAUAAUUAUCUAAUUGAUGCAAGCCAACCCACAUUUUGUUUAGUGAUACAAAUAGUUACAGGUGUAACUUUAGCUAUGCAUUAUAACCCUAGCGUGUUAGAAGCCUUUAAUUCAGUUGAACACAUUAUGAGAGAUGUGAAUAAUGCUUCAGCAUUUUUUUUUUUAGUUUAUUUACACAUAGGUAGAGCUAUAGGUACUGUAAUUUUUAUAUUAAUGAUGGCUACGGGAUUUUUAGGUUAUGUUUUACCUUAUGGUGGUUUUUCCGUAAAUAAUGCCACUUUAAAUAGAUUUUUCUCAUUACAUUUUUUAUUGCCAUUUAUUUUAGCUGCACUAGCUUUGAUGCAUUUAGUAGCUUUACAUGAAGGAUCCGGAUCUAGACUUUACGAUAGAUUAGUUUUUUCACCUUAUUUUAUAUUUAAAGAUUUAAUUACAAUAUUUAUAUUUAUAUUAAUAUUAUCUUUAUUUGUUUAUUUUAUGCCGAAUGUCUUAGGAGAUAUAUUAAGAUCUAUCCCUAAUAAAUUGUUUGGUGUUAUAGCAAUGUUUUCAGCAAUUUUAAUAUUAUUAGCAAUGUCAUUUACAGAUUUAAGUAAAUUAAAAGGAAUUACAUUUAAGCCUAUAACUAAAAUAAUCUUUUAUAUAUUUACAGCUAAUUUCGCAAUGUUAAUGCUUCUAGGUGCUAAACAUGUAGAAACACCUUUUAUAGAAUUUGGUCAAAUUACUACUACUUUAUAUUUUCUACAAUUUUUAUUAACAGUACCCUUAAUAACUUCAUAUGAAAAUAGUUUAGGUCUAGGAAAAAAUAUUUCAGAAACGAAAUAA